AUGGCAGCCUUGGGAACAGUCACAAUCCCCUCCAUCUCAGUUACAAGCCAGAUUAUCGCACUCUUUAUUACAAUUAUUGUCUCCUAUCAUUCAAAGUUCACAGCCUGAACUACAUUGAUUAUUAUUACAAUCUCCAAAAUCAUAAUUACAAGAAGACACAUCGCAAGAUUUAUCACAAAUCCCAUCUCCAAGCAUUUCCCUGCUGCAACCCGCUGAGCAAUCUUUACAAAUUCCUAA